AUGGUCUAUGUUGCCAACUUCUUGCUGCCCAUCUUCUUCUUCUUGUGUCUGGACAUGGCCUCCCUCCCGAUGUCCCACAGAGACGGCGGGAAGCUCAGCUUCAAGGUCACUGUGCUGCUUGCCAUCACAGUGAUGCAGCUUAUUCUCAAUGAAAUUCUGCCCACCUCGUCAGACAGGAUCCCACUUAUAGCGAUCUACUGCAUUGGAGUUUUCGGGAUGAUGCUGAUCAGCGUCAUGGAGACAAUUUUUGUGAUGUAUCUGAUGGAGAAAGACUUCAAGGAUGAUGAGACAGACAGAGACCAAAGCCUGGAUAAGAGCUGUGAGGACAAAGUGGGUAAAGGCAACUUCCACAGCUGUUUCAGAGGGAUGAAGAAAUGUGUUCACUGUGCGUCUGCAAAUGAUGCAUCUGCUGAUGACACAUUUGUGCCCAAAGAGGGCAGCAGCAGCCAGCUGACGGAGCUGUCUCUUGCCUUGGAAAAGGUCUCAGAUGAGCUUGGGGAGAUCGACAGAACAAUGAGUCUACUCAGCAGCAGCAAGGACGAGAAGAAGCCCGGCUACUGGACCAGGAUGGCAAAGAAAAUCGACAAGGCUUUCUCAGUUAUAUAUGUCCUAUUUGCUUCUGUGUUUCUAAUUACAGUCUUUUACAUUUGGAGUAUUCCGUAUACAGACUAGCUGUAAAGUUUAAAAAGAGGUUGAAUUCACUGUUAAUUUAGCACAGGCAUGAACUUUUGUGUAGUCUGUGUUCACACCUGUUGUUCAUUGACCAAAGACAACAAAAUGCCCCAUCGAUGUCUCAAACAGGGAGGUGAGGACUCAGACUGACUUGUUACAAACUGAUCCGAACAUGCAGUCUGAUAAUGCAGAUAUGUUUUCUGAUCCAUAAUGCAUCAUCAGAACGACACCAACCCACAAGGAUUUUUUUUCUUUUUCUUUUAAGUAACAAGUUGUGUUGCAGGUCACUGUGCUGUUAGUUGUGCUGCACAGAUACUCCACUUCUGUGCGUUAUAUCCUCAAACCUUCCGUCUGACUGAAACUAGGCCUGAUUCUAAAAAAUUGUUGGUAGCAAAUCAUUCUGAACUGAAAUCGGGCCAAAUCUAACCAGUAUGCACCAUAUAGGGUUUUUCAAAAGGUUAAUAGUUGUUGAAAAUUACAACUGUUGCCUUGCAGCUCCAUAUCAGCAUUAGGACUGCAGAUAUUAUUCUUGGUGGUUACUGAAUCGAUACUGCAUGCUUGUCUAGGCUUCAGGAGAGCUAAAGGUGUCACAGACUUGGGUUUUCUUUCACUUUUUGUUUUAAGUUUGCUGUCCUAGUGUGUCUUUUUGUGUUUUCACUUCCUCUCUUUGUCUCCGUUUCCCUCCUAUUUUGAUCGCCCUGACUGGUUCGACCUGUGUCUUGGUCUCUGUGUAUACAUAGUCUGUCUGUGUUCUCCACCAGUUCAUCCUGUUCUGUCUUCAGUUUGUCCUCCCAUUCAGUUACCUUGUGUGUUCCCUGCUUG